AUGUGGAUUCAAUGGUCACUCACAAGACUCAUGAGAUGGCGAGUGAAGGACUGGGCUUCAUGUUUCACUGCUUGCAGAUUCCCUUUAGACGAUGAAACGGUGACAUAUCGAUCGUCAUCAUCGAAAGAUGACAAGAGAAAAGCCAAAAGGAUUGGUAAAAAGUUGUUUUGUAGAAAGCGAUCAAGUAAAAAUAACAGUGAUAAUGUAUGCAGUACAAGAAUAAACCUCAGUACAUCAAUGGCGGCGAGGAACAAUGAAAAUCUUGUUUCAACAGAAAUUACCAGCAGUUCUAAUGACUCGAGUUGGUCUCAUUUCACCGAUGAAGACUAUAUCGUCUUCUGCUUUAGAGAAGAUGGAGCAUUUGACGUUGUAAAGGAUUACUGCAAAUCGGAAACGCCAUGUGAAAGUAGAAGAAGUUCAUUGCCUCCAAAUCAAAAGAAAUUUGAAGAAGACCCAAUGAGUGAGGAAGUUAUCAAAAUCCCAGUCACUGAGGUUGACAAGGAAGAGAUUAUAUAUGUAGAUGCAGAGGACCAGAAUGAGGAGGAGAUGGAGAAUCAGGGAAUGGUCUCAGUUGGAUCAACUGACUCUAAUCAAUCGGACAACAGCUCGGGCUCUUUUGCCUUUCCUGUAUUAGGGUGGGAGUGGAUAGGGAGUCCAGCACAGAUGCCAAGAUCAGAAGGGCUACAUUUGAGGAAACACAAGACAGUUUCUAUGAAGUUUCAGUGUUGUAGAUUCUGA